UGGUUGUUUGUAUUAGCACCUGUAGCACACACGCAGCCAGCUAUACAGCUCGGUUAUUCACGUACAGUUCGACCGCCGUAUCAUGGAACACAGCCUACGCUACCUGCUCCCUCACCAGGGGUCACCUCAUCACGGUCGACAACAACGUCACCAUCAACGUACUCAAGUAUAUCCGUGCUCAACCGGAGGCCGCAGCUGUGUCAAACGACAUCUGGAUAGGUUUGUACAACGCUGCACCGACGUCGGACGUCCCUGUGUACAUAUGGGCUGAAUGCAAACACCUCGACGACAGCAACACCGUGUGGUUUCCCGGGGAGCCCAACUUUGUUCAGACUGACCGCUGCAUAAUUACCUCCCCUGAAUACGAGUGGAAGACGAGGAAUUGUAGUGAAAAACACGCCUUCUUCUGUGAAACCGUCCUCAACGUUGACUGUACCUUCGAAAAGCAAACUGGACAAAAAUGUGAAAUGGGUGGAGUGCUCUUGUCAGAGAAGAUGUCGGAAGACGCAUGCGCAACUCGUUGUCAAGAGGACAUGGAUGGAAGUGACGUCUGUUGGGCGUAUGAAUACAACCUCAGCUUAACACAGUGCAAACUUUUGUUUGGGUCUGAUCCUUAUAUAUGUGAGACACUACAGGAAAGCAAGGGUUUUACCACAGGCAGAAGACGAUGCUUCAAAUUUUCAGACAUUACCGGAUCCGAAGUAGCAAGCCCUGUUGAUUUAUAUCCUGGUUGCAGCACAACAGAGGUGACGACUUCAACUGAAACACCAUCUACAUCCGUGGAAGCUACAACAUACACAUCGGCAACGACAUCAACAACGCAAACCAGGAGAGUUAUGAUAUCUACACUCGAAACAACAGCAACAACAACAACCACAAUACCAGCAACAACAUCUGCAGUUACAACAUCAACAACGCCAAGCACGACAGUUAUGAUAUCUUCACUCGAAGCAACAACAACAACAACAACAACCCACAUACCAGCAACAACAUCUGCAGUAACAACGAUAUCAACAUCGCCAAGCACGACAGUUAUGAUAUCUUCACACGAAGCAACAACAACAACAACAACCACAAUACCAACAGCAACAUCUGCAGUUACAACAUUAAAUCCAACAUCAAUGCCAGAAACAACAGCAGAUACAACUGUGGCACCCAUUAAGUCCGAAACAUCAGCAACAUCAAUAGCUACAACGCAAGAUGCAAAGACAACGGCAGAAACGACUCUGGAAACAGCAUCUACAGCAUCAGACAGCGCCGUUACAACCUCAGUUACCCCUACCGUUACCACAACAACUGCUUCAUCUCCGAUGGCUGAGGUUACAACUACUAUCACGGCUAAAAGAGACACUGACACUCCAACAUCUAUCCCCGGUUUUUCAACGACUGCACCUUCAAACAAUGCCACAGGGACAUCCUACUCGCCCACUCUCGACACUUUUCUGUCUCGACUUGAAGCUGUUCAAACCAGUUCCACAUCUGCCUCUACCCCGACAGUUAUCUCCCCUGGUAGGUAUGUCUACGAGGUGUGUGUGGCGGUGCAGACGUUCACCGUUGAUGAAAGAAAGAAGCGAACAGACGACAUUGUUACUGACCUGACCCUGGACAAGAAGAACCUCUCCUCGUAUCGGAGGAAGAAGUCCAGUGCUGAAGAUGAGCGUCCGUCUGCCCAGAGCGUGGGAGGAGGAGUAGCCAUCAUGCUGCUCGUUACGGCAGCUCUCAUCAUCAUCCUGCCUGACUGCUCCAGCAUCUUGAUGCACGUGUUGCGCGUCCACAAGAAGAAGCAACUUGCGCCUGCACAGCAGUAGCUGUUGAUUAGACAACCUUGCAACUAAAACAAAAACUGGGACACUGGCUGCUCACUUCAGUCUCCGCAGGAUAAUUUUCAUUGCUAAAAACUUGGGGCUUUAGGGAUAUGAUAGACAAAAUAUAAUGAAAAGAAGCCCUGAUAAUUUCUUCAUCUAGACCUGCCACAUAUUCGCGAAUUUCACGUUCAUAUGGACGACACACGGGUUUAAAUCUUUGUGGUCAAGACUCUGUGUUAACUUCAAGUAGAUUCCAAAUGUUGAACCUCUGCGUGUGAGAUGUUGGAUAAUCGAAGUAUCUUGUCUGUUUAAUGACAGAUCAGUUAUUUUUGUGUGCGAGAGGGUUAUGCAAAAUUUUCAAAAAUAAGGUAGGAGGGGAGGGGGAACCUGUAACAAAAUUGACACAGCUCAAAUUCUAUUUUUCAAAUAUUUGUUAUUCAUUUCUUAUGAAGGGGCGGUAUGCAGACUGCCACAUAUAGUUUGUGGUGUUUGGGAUGAUGCGAGGGUCCGACGGUAAAUCAAGGUGGAUGGUGGGUGAAAGCUAACAACGGUACAGGUCGCUCUCUCCCACCCAAUCAGAUCUGCUUAUUGUAAUUGAUACUUCUUAUUGCCUAAUCAGAGUUGGAUACUGUGAUUAGAUACUACUCAUUGACCAAUCAGAGGUGGUUGCAGUGAUAAGAUACCACUCAUUGACCAAUCAGAGGUGGAUACAGUGCUUUAAUACCUCUCUUUGACCAAUCAGAGGUGGUUACAGUGAUUGGAUACCUCUCUUUGACCAAUUGAGGUGGUUAUUGUGAUUUGAUA